GAAGUCUAAAAGCACGGCUGAAGACGAGAUUCUGCUUCUGGUUCAUUUGAUACUCUGAAACUGAAAUGUCGACUGUGGGAGCCAUGAAUCCUUCAACGAUUGUCAUCCAGCUUCAGCCACCGACACAAACAGCACCAACUGUGACUGGGACCAGUUCUUCUGUGCCUGUUUACAUACAGCAUGUAGCAGGAGUUUCACCUCUUCAAGGAAUUCAGGCCUUUCUGAAAGGCCAACCAAAAGCCCUCGGGACUGUCCAGAUAAUAAUUGGUCUGUUGACUUUUAUGUUGGGAAUCGUGUCUACAGUUUAUGUAGACUCCAGCUUUGUCUUCAGCGGCGUUUCUUACUGGGGAUCUCUGAUAUACAUUAUUGCAGGCUCGCUCUCCAUUGCUGCUGACAGCAAAAUUAAUUCACCAGCCGGUUUAUGUUUGGUGAGAGCUUCCCUCGGGAUGAACAUUUUCAGUGCUAUAGCUGCAGGCAUUGCCAUUAUUAUGCUUUCAGUGGAUUUGGCUCUUGGACCCUUCUCACCUCGUUACUGUGGAGACUCUUAUUAUUGUUAUAAUUAUAAGACUCUCUUCUUGGGAAUCAGAGGUGUGUUGCUGGUGUUCGCCAUCCUUGAGUUCUUCAUCUCCCUCUCCUUGUCUGCGUUUGGGUGUAAAGUCACCUGCUGCUAUUAUCCUCAGAUUUCUGUGGUCAACAAUCCUUUAAUUCAACACCCUCCUGCAGAAAACCCCCAACAGUACAUUCAGUACCCUCAAGAAGUCCCCGAACCAUGCUUUCAACAUCCUCCUGCAGAAGCUCCCCCAGCGUACACUGAAGGCAAAUAAAUGUGAAUCAACAUGAACAAACUGGGCAGAGUGGCAGUUCUGCUGCUUUAGUUACAUUGUGUAUGUGGUGUGAAUAAAGUUUUGCCAUUACCUAUGUGUAUAUAUAAAAAAAAAAAAA